ACUCCUGUGUCAGGCUCCUUUCAGGAACAGGACGAUUCGCUCGAUAAGUCUCCGGUCCGACUGAGACGACCUCUUUACUUGUCUCCCCUUCUUUCGGCUCCACUUUCUCGCUCUCUUCCCCUCCUUGCUUUGACCUCACAUGCUCUUCUCUUUUUUCAUCUGGAUCUUCUGAGUAAUUUCCCAUAAUUGAUUUUUUAUUUGGCUCCCAAUGUUUUGUUGCUUUGCUUCUCUCCACUUGCACUACAUUUCCCGUUUGUCUGAGUUCUGGCUCCGUCCGGUCUACAUUUCUGGAGUUAUUUUGGUCUCUGUAGGCGUCUCCUUCUGCUUUCUCCAUUUUCUUUUCAGACAUCCCUUUCUCAGGUUUAUAUUCCUCCACCUUCUCGUCGGUAUCUCUACCCUCACUUCCCUUGACUCUGUCUCCUUCCUGAUGAUUUUUAUUGUUGUCGACCUGUGCUUCAUGUGAGCUGAGAUGCGAUGCCGCUGAGGUGUCUGAACCGUCGGCGCUGUUCGUAGCAGGAGCCCCCGGAGGAAGAGUCGUCGGGUCCCACUGAACUCCUAACUGGGCCAGGUCUUCCCGAAGGAGGAGCCUCGCCUCAGACACGAUCUCAACGGCGGCCUCCUGUUCCGUUAGGGCCCGGCCGCCGGUGACCCAGACGCAGCAGAGGCUCCGUCUCUCGGCCGCCUCCAUCUCGCUCUCGUCCACUGCGCGCUUCGAGCUGAGACAGACAGAUAAGUGCAUCAUUGGCUUUAUGUCUGGAGUCAUGUUUCAAGUAGAUUAUGGCUUGAUGUGCUGAUGGUACAGUUGCACAUCAUUUAUCCAUGCUUAGGGUUUAAGAGGAGUUUACGGGAACAUACCUGCGUCUAUCUCCUUGAAUUAUUUUUUUUAAAUAAAGGAGGCUGGUAUUUUUAUGGUAGUGUUGUUAAGAGUAAUGCACAAUCCAAACACAUAUAUAUAUUCAAAUGAGAAACCUCUUGAUUUAGGUCUAUGAUAACAACACAUUUUUAUAGUUUUAUUUAAUUUAAUAUGUUUUUAUAUAAAUAUACAUCACAAAUUACAUUACUUAAAAAUUGUAAUAUCUAUAUAUACUGUAUAAUCUAUAUAUUAUAUAAUAACGGACAGAAUGAGGGCAGCUAGAACGAACUGAAUAUUAGUUAAAAGACUAAACAAAAUCAAUUCAGGUGUAUGGGUUGUACGUGAUCGGGACAGGGUAGCUUUUAGUUAUAACUUGUUUACUUCAUCGUAGAAAACAGUCUUGCUAAUGUGUGGAAACUGAGAGUGGAAUCAAACUAAGUGCUGCUGGCACUCCACUUGAAACAGCCUGUGUGCUGCAAAGAGACUCACAUCCUCCUUUACCGAACACGCAUUAAUCAUCUUCAUGCUGCAGACAAACACACAGCUACCUCUUAAAUGGGACAGCGUUCCUCAGGGCUUUCUCCACAUCAGCCACAGUAGCCCGGGCCAGUUCAGCGACGGUGCAGAGGCCCUGAGCGUACACCGCUCUGGCUCGUGUUGCGUUCAGCAGGGAGACCCUGACGAGGUCGACCAGCUCCCUCUGGACUCCGAAGCUCAGCCUGGUCUGGUACUGGGAGAGCAGCAGCUCCAUGUUGUGCCAUCCCAGACGCUUGCAGAACACCGUCACCAUACCUGACGGGGUUGCAGCAAGGUCAGAGUGAUUCUGUCCAUGAUCUAGAGGCACUGAAUUACCAAUGUGGUGCUAUUUGAUUCUACUUUCCUUUGGGUUCCCUUUUGUGUUUACACUGAUAAUGAACCCCAUAAUUAGCAUGACAUAUAGUCACACCCAGACAAACUUGUUCUGUGCUACAUUUAAGCACACACCCUCCGAGUCUGAAUUACAUCCGGACCUCUUAAACCCUCUCAAAGUAACUUGAUGAAAGAAGCGUGAGCACUUUACAUGGCUCCAUGCUGUACAUCCGUCCAGUCUAGAGUGCUAGUCUAGUUACUGCCUUCCCUUUUUAAUGUAAAGUCUUAAGUCGUGGAAGUCAGAGUCGGCGUAUUCCACAUCCUUGGAGACGCUCAGCAGCACUCCUCGGCUCAUACCUGCAUAAGUAGAAGCAGACUGCUGGAGGGACUGCAGCUGCCCACGAUUGCAGUUGUAUUUGGAUGCCACCGUUCCCAGAGGCACCUCGUUCACCAGAUCCUGCAGCACAAGGGUGGUGAAAAACCUGGGAGGAGAGAAUGUGGAGAGGACAAGAGUCCUACGUGAAGAAAAACAUUCCUAAACAUUGUAUUUGUUGUUUGACUCUCAGGGGAUAAAUCCUUGAGUGGUUUGCGUUCCGAGUCACCUUUUUAUCCAAAUAGCCACAAUUUUGGGAAUGAAGGAAGAGGACACAAUAAAAUCAUGAAAAAAACAUCCAUAAACUAGUACAUAUAGGUUUAUAUAUACACUAUAAGUAUAUAUAAAAUAUAAUAUUCAGUAGCUAGUUGUUACAUCCCACCAAAACUGAACAUUAUCAGCUUCACAAAGGCUUUAUGGAUCCCUUAAUUGUUCUACUACUUGAAUUCUGGCAUACUAGCACACAGAAGUGUGAAACCGGGACUUUAAUUUAGUUGUAUAUAUGGUAAUUAUUUACAAGUUAGCAAUUACAAUUAUCAUAUUUUGGGUUCCUUUACGAACAGAAACCCACACGAGGGGACUAUUUGCCAAUGCUAUGAUAUGAAUAAAGUGUAAUUGACACAAAUAUGGGCAUUACCGUUUGUGAAUAGCCAUCUGUCUACGCUGCUUCUCUGUCUUGGCGACGAGUUUGCCGCCGACAGAUCUGGCGAGGAAACCUUCCUGCACACCCACCAGCUCCGCUACUCUCUUCAUCGACGACGAUAGCUGUUCCCACAGACAGAAGAACUGGUACCAGUCUAUGGUGGUCCACUCCGCGUACAAGGGGGUGAUCUGGAGGGGAAUUUGCGCGUAGAAUUUGAAAUACCGUGUGUUCGAGGAGGGGACAUUUUUGGUUUAUUUAGUUACUAUUAGGAAUGCAUUGGGCGAGGGUUCGGAGAUGAUAGGGAGUGAUUAAAGAUGACAGAAACUUUGUUGAAGCAAAUAAUGAUGCAAGAGGUGUGUACGUGUACCAGAUAGAGAAUGUGCAAGUCAUUUUCCAGCACAAAGCCCUUCAUGGCCCGCUGGAGAUCUGCAAAUAUUCCCAGAGCCUCGGGAGGGGAGAGGGACGAGGACAGGGUGGCAGCUCCGAGUUGAGUCGGACGGUACCGCUCCUCUGGAUAGGCAAAGACAUCAGGAUAUAACAAUAGUUAUUGUAAAUGCACAGGAGGUUAAGCUUAUAGUCUGGCUUGUAUACUUUAUAGUGAAAUAUAUGAUGCAUGAAUACGGAAAAUGCUUGCAUUGCUCUUCAAAACUUGUUCCAAUCUGAAUUAAAGGAGACAUAGUGUGCUCAUUGUCAGGUUUGUACUCGUAUUUUGGGUUUCUACUAGAACAUAUUUAACUGUUAACUUUAUUUUUCUCAUGCUGAAUAAACCUUGAAACACCCUCUGUCUGAAAACGCUCCGUUUUAGCGCGUUUCAAUGGAAUUAUGUUUGGUCCAUGUUUUACUCCCUGUCGGCUGACGUCAUUCACAACGCGGACACAUUUAAAAUGUUUACGUUCUGAAAUUGUGAAGCUGUCUCUGUAUUGUAUAGUUGUGACAUCAUUUAAAGGCACAGUGUCUGAAUACGGGUGUAUUUCUCCAUGGAUUGAAUGUUUGGGUACUUCCACAGUAUCGAAAACGCACUCACACCUGUUUUGUAAUUAAAAGAUGCGAAAACCUUACUUUUUACAAUAAGAGACAUUUAAGUAAAAACACUUUUGUUGCAGCGGUUCAAUUUGUACCUAAAAAUCCAUUUUCACUGUAUGUCAUGAUAUCGAGACCGCACUGGCAGUACCUUGUCCGUCCAUCUGGAUACUGAUGAAUUCGUUCUCCAUCAGCCAUUCAACACAGGCCUCAAUAGCUCCUUUGUUAUUCUCUUCGUUUGAUUUUUUGCCGUCACAUUUCAUGCUGGCAGCCAGUAGUGAGCACAAAGCAUAUGACCGCACAUCCUGUGGAGUGCUGGCCACACCUCCGACAAUGAUCUGCAUGUUGGGAUGAUUCAAAUUAGAGUCAUGAAACAAUAAUAGAGGGAAACUAAUCUGACCUUACAUCGAAGGCCUCCCUAAAAAGAGACAUCUAUUAUUAAAGAGGGAAUUAGAACAUGAUCUAUUUACGGACUGGAAGUCAUUUUGAUGAGUGCCAAGUUCAUUUGGAUAUCGGCCAUACCUCUAGGAUGGCUCGCAGCAUGCUGGUGGUGACGCCUUCGCCCUCCCUUCUCACCAGGCAGCUGCUGAUUGGCUGAAGAACACCCUUAAGGAGAGUGAUACCUUUCUGACGCUCCGCCUCCUUACACACCAGCACACUCUCACCUGAGAAGAGGAUGAACAAAAUGACUUGAGGCCAAUUUUUCAACUUAAAUUUGCUUGAGUAUUAUCACAGAAGAUUGUUGAUCACGUUUUGUUUCCAAGCAACUGGAAUAAGAAUGAACAGACAAUACAAAACGUUUUGUUUUUUUUGCCCCCUUCUUCCCUUCAUACCUAUAGUGUCCACUCCUUUUCUCCCCGCCCGUCCUGCCAUCUGUUUGUACGUGAGCGGGUCCAACAGGUGUCCAUUGAAGAUAGGGGUUCGCACGAUGACCCUGCGAGCCGGGAGAUUAACCCCCGAGGAGAGGGUCGAGGUGGCGGCCAGGACUCUGACCAUGCCCUGACGAAAAGCUCCCUCCAACACGUCGCGCUCAUCAAAUGUCAAACCUGCAGAAACAAACUUUAUCUUAUUCGCAUGCCCACAAAAAAAAAGAAACAUUCAGGACGCUGUUAGUUGCGGUUGAGAAGUUGUGCGAGUGUGUUCACCGGCGUGGUGGAAGGCCACCCCCCACGGCACAGUUCGCUGGAGGAUGGGGUCCAAACCAGCUGGAGUUCGUCUCAACUGGGCUACGACAUCCACCAGUCCCUCCCGAUCCAGACACACCAGCUUAGGCUCUGCUUCGCCCUGACGAUCUGAAAGGAUGAGACCAGAAUCUACAACAAUCCUUACAACGCGCUACAGUUGGGAUUUAACCUCAUUGUUAAAAUGUAGUGUGCACAAUACCGGUAUGUCUGAGGUUGUAGAACUCUCUGGCGAUGCUGUCCGCCAGUUUCUCACACCAGUUCUUCGAGGGGCAGAACAGCAGCACAGAGCGGCCUUCGCUCACGGUCUCAUAGCACAAGCUCACUAUGUGGUCAUCGUCGCCCUUAAUGAGUCACCACAUGCACAUGAUUGUAUUACUUGUCUAAAAGGAUCAAACGUGCACAUUGGACGAUAACUGACCCACUCUCUUGGUUACCUUAACGUGGAGCGCAGGAGCGAACCGCCGGACCACAGCGAGGCUCUUGUUGUAGAUGUUGCAGCCCACCUUGAGAUGCUCGUGCAGGGGCACAGGCCUGUAGUCCGUCUGGUAAAGCUCUGCACCCAACCAGCCGGCCAGGAGGGCAAGGUUAGGCAAGGUGGCGCUCAUACCUAUGAUCUGUACGCCCUCAAAGAGAGACCUGCAGAAAGGUGUUGUUGCACGGACAGACUUCUUAACGCGUGUAGUAGAAGGACAGGAUUUAUUUAUUUUUUUUUUCAAACGCUAGCUGUUACGCAAAAUAAAAGUCGAAAAAAGACAAAAGUACACAAACCCAGUGGCGUUCUGCUUCUGCGCAAUGUAGCGGAUUUUGGUUAAGAGCAGUUCUAGUAGAUAUCCUCUUCCAGAAUCACCAACCAUAUGUAACUCAUCCACCACCACCAUACCUACAGAAGUACAAAAAUAACUCAAACUCUAUGUUUAACAAUCAAGAAAACACACAGUUAUCCCCGGUGUGUUACCUAGUAGACCCAUGUUGUCCUCCUCAAUGAGUUUGUUAAUGAGAGAAUUGGCUUUUUCUAUGGUGCACACAGCCACAUCCAGCACUGUGAAUCCUCCAGCGGCCGAGGUGCUGCCCAUGUAUCCCUCCACACGAACUCCUGCCUCUUGAAAUACACUCUGCAGGGUUCACAGAUACAGGUCGGUUACAUGGAGAUACAUACGCAAACAAUCAACACAGCGCCCAGAAGCACAUGCAUGUACGGUUCUCUUCCUCACCUGAAGGUAAUGCAUCUUCUCUUUAGCCACAGAGACAAACGGCAGAAUGUAGAGGGCUUUUCUUUUAGUCUCCAACACACGUUUCAACAUCAGCAGCUCCGACACCAGAGUUUUUCCAGCACUCGUGGGGGCUGGAAAAGAAAGGAAUUUAAAAAGCCGAAAACAGCGACCGACUCGGUGAAUCACUUCGUAGAGAGGAGUUCGGCUUCUUACCAGAGUAGACCAGGUUACCUCCCUGCAGCACCUGUCCGACAGCGAGGCACUGAGCCUGCCAUUCGAACAUGCGAAUCACGCCGUGUUUCUGGUAGCGCUCCAGGACAGGUUUUGGUAAGCCCCAGUUGCAUAGCAGUAGCUUUUCGGCUUGCCCUGUGGGAGCACACAAGGCAAUGCCUACAGUAGGCAUUUAAAAAAAUACCUUACACAUGGUGUUCAGUCAAACUGGUGGGAGGAGUCUUAAGUUCUGCGACAUAUAUUUUGAGCACAGCAAAGUGGAUUUGACAUGGGAAAGAGAAAUGGUAUUUCAGGGAGUACAUCAGAGAUACAAUCCAACAUCAGAUAUAAAUGUAAUCCAGUAAAUGAAACAUAACUAGACCAGAGAUACGUUCAUACAAGGUUAAAGGCUGCUUAACUGGCCCGGGGCCCCAAAAGCUCGAAGCUUCUUUCAAAUCUUGCACCGCACUAAAAUGUUUAUUUUUCCUCCUUGUAUCAAGUUUAAUUUGAAGGUUUAAUUUGAAGUUAUCAGUUUAUCAUGUUGCAAAUUCGUAAAUUAAAUUUUUUAAUGAAUUACCAAAUAGAAUUAAAAGCCCAAGUGGUGUUCCUCGUCUCUGGAAUUAUCUGUCCUCAGUCCAAAAGUCAAUAUUUAGGGGGAAAAAAGAUAGAUGUAAUUAUUUAAAAAAUUCCCAAUAUGUUGUUAUCUAACAAUCUAUUCUGCUUCAAUCCAUAUUUGUUGGCGUUUAGCCAUUCAAAAACAACAUGAAGUAAAAUAAAAAAUAUUAAAAAAAAGUUUACUCUAAAUUACCUGGGCCAUCUAGCAGCACCAUAAAUUACAUUAAUACAACCACAAUAACUCAAAAUAAAGUCUAAGGUAUGACAAGAUACAUUCAAAGUUUCAAAGUUUGAAUGUAAAAAGGGGGACAGCCCUAAAGCACAGCGUGUGGCAGGAAAGGGGGUCUAAAAGGGGGCCCAGCAGCUCAUUUUCCAGCAGGUUUAUUAAGCCAUGACAAGGUGUCAAAGGGGUCAGCGACACACAAAAACAACAACGAUUGCAGAAAAUUUGAACCUUUAAGAAGGUCUUCACAAAUGGACGUCACCUUGCUGAGGCAGAGUCUCGCUGAGAGUACUCAGGUCUAAACCACUGGGGACUGCGAGCACAGAGGCGGACUGAUUCUGGAAUGAUGGCUGGAGUUUGGCCCUCUUCAUGGCGGCUGCGAGGCGGGUGGGGCUGAACAAGACGUAGUCCCUGGAUACAUCCAGAGGUGGAUCAGCGUUCACGUUUGACCCGCUUUUGUCCUCGCUAGGUGGAGAGCCUUUUCUUCCGGGUGGAAGCAUCUGCCUGCUGAGACGCACAAAGUAAGAAAAACAUUUGUUAACAGAGAACAACAGCAGCGGACAGUCAAACACAGGAGAAAAACUGGGCAAUAACGUGCAAGUUAAGACUCACUUGCUGGAGCUGCCUACUUGCUGACCGUUUCUGAUAUCCUGACAGUAUAGUGCAUUGAUGCAGGAGGAAGCCGGUGGUGGCUGCAUGUUCUCCGGGCCCCUCAGAGCAUGCUCCGCUUCCUCAGAGUCCUCACCGAAGAGAAGCUUCUGUGCAAGGUCUUUGCAGUCGGCUCGCCACCCUGGCCGCUCACGAUCGCCCCCACGGCCCCGGACUCCCUCCUGGGCGCUGGGGUCUCUGUCAGCCCGCGGGGGGCCAAAGACAGCUGAUGAAGCCGGCUCUCCCCGUGCACCCCCGUGUACCGUUGUUGGACGCACAUUGUCGGCUGCAGGCUUCACUGGGUCUACAGCAUCCAACACCUGCAGCAUUUCUUCAUCAAGAGCCAAUGUGGAUUCUCCCAGCGGAAGCACUGCUCCUCCAUCCUGAAUUUGGAGAUUAAUACAUGCCAUUGGUGAUCCAGGUGGAUGUGGAAGAGAAUCAGAGAUGACAGGAGUAGGAGAAAAACUCUCUCUCUCUCUCAAGCUGUCCCACUCACCACGAGGCUGUCCCUAAUCAUGUUUGCUUGGCCUGAUAUGAAAUGGGUUUUCUGCAACAGUCUGCCUCCGUCUGGUGGCUCAUCGGGAGCUUGGAAACUGUGCUCAGAAAAAAAAAAGUUCUGUCUGAAGGUUCAUCUAUAGAAAUGCUACAAAGAUUGGAGGGUGUCUCUAGGCAACAGGAGGAAUUUGGUCAUGAUUCUUGUAAAUCUGUCAACAUUAGUAAUUAGGUGAAACCGUGGGAUAAACUUACCAUUUUUUCUUCUUGAUCUGGUGCUGCCCCAUGUAGCUUUUCUUUUUCAAGGGAGGACCCGAGGUGCUCAUGCUGAAGAAGAUGUACUGUUUCUGUCACACGGGUGAGUAGGUGGAUGUUCAUUGACAUGACAUCAGUUUGACUCGUGACACAAGUUUACAAACUAAAUGUAACAGUGUGUGUUACAGGUAAGGAAGCGGUUGAGCCAAAACAAGCGUCGCAGUAGGAUUCAUUAUUUUGGUUGCGAAGUAUAAACAACGCAGUCUUCCUGUUGGGCGGAUGGGUUGAGCGCCGAACAAACGUGAAAUCAAAAAGUCCGCCGAAGUUCCGCCCCGGUGCUCCACAAAAAACAGUCCGACGAAACAAAUGCUCGCAUGCAAACGUUCCCAUGAAGGACCGGCGCACUACUGUAGCGACGACUAGCAACAGGAAUAAUAAUGUUGAUCAUUCUUCUAGUGAUAUUGAAUAGACAGUCUUUUAAAUAUACGUUUGGAUGAAAACAUGUUUAUGGUUAAAUGAAAUACACGUUUAAGAAAAAAGCGAAUAGGUAGUAAAGUAGAUGAAACAUAUAUUUUUUGAAAGUAUUUAAAUACAAUAAAGAUUUUGAACUGUAUGUGGUCAGUCAAUUAUUCUGAUUCAGUUUAUCAAUCAAAUGGGUAUAUGUAUGGACAAAUAGCCUACAGUUUAUGAAUUGUCAGUAGCAGCAUUGAUAAACGCAGAUUUUCUAUUCUCGGUGGUAAAAUCUGCCUUCAUAUGAAUGCUUAUGGGCAGUCUCGGGGUGUCACGUGACUGAGCGGCUGGUGGGCGCGCCCGCUGCGACGUUGCGGAGGCUUCAAGAUGGCGGAAGCCCUGACAACUCAGGAGCAGCUGGCUGUGGAGGAGUUCCUGGGUGAGGUGCGAAGCAGGGAACAGCCUCACAGCGCUGGGCUUGUGUCCCAACCCACAGCUGUAAAGUUUCUUAUGGCCCGCAAGUUUGACGUCUACAGAGCCACCAACCUCUUCGAAGCAUACAAGAACACAAGAAUCAAAGAGGGCAUCAUCAAUAUCAACCCUGACGAGGAGCCCCUACGCUCCGAGCUGCUGAGUGGCAAAUUUACAGUCCUGCCUGGCCGUGAUGCAAAGGGCGCCGCUCUAGCGCUCUUCACGGCUCAUCUCCAUCGGCCAGACAUCACCACCCACAAAGCUGUGCUGCAGGCCAUCAUCUAUCAGCUGGACAAAGCCAUAGAGAGUGCACAAACUCAAAGAGACGGACUCAUAUUUAUCUACGACAUGACCAACUCCAGCUAUGGCAACUUUGACUACGAGCUCUGCGUCAAGAUCCUCAAUUUGCUUAAGGGGGCAUUUCCAGCUCGUCUAAAAUGUGUCUUCAUUGUAUCGUCGCCUCUAUGGUUCCGAGCCCCAUUCGCGGUCCUCCGCCUGUUUGUGCGCGAGAAGCUGAGAGAGAGGGUGUGCACAGUGAAAGCUCACGAGCUGGCCAGUCACAUCCCAGUCUCCUCCCUCCCCGAGCACCUGGACGGGACAUCCCAGUACAGCCAUGUGGCUUGGAUCCAGUCGUGCGUCAACGCGCACACAAACACUGUUCCGGGCGACACACAAGAGCACGACACGCACGACUGCGUGGGAAGCCUGCUGCGCUCCUACAGCUUAGAGUGCAGCAACGUGAGCGCAGGUGCCACACCGCCCCAUGGCCACAUCGGCACGCAGCUGGGUUCCAUGUUAGCCGGGGCUAACUCAAACUGCUUUGAUGACAGCAAUGCCAACUCGCACAACCACUGCGGUGUGUCUGAGGGCAGGACUCAAGACCUAGGUCAGUACCAACCGAGCCCACAGUCUGCUGCCAACAAGCCGCAGGGGAACCACCAACACUGGAACGGCUCAGCGGUGAGCGGGGCCAGCGUGGCCGUCGGCAGCUCGAGUCCCAACGCCAACAUGAACGGCCGAGGUCGCCAAGCCCCUCCCCAGUCUGACACGCCCCCCGAGACGCCUCUCUCCCAGGUAGGAGACGACGACACCAUGGACGGGAAGGUAACAGACUCCGCCCGCGGGUCUCUGAGUGACGACGCCAGGGAGGAAGAGGAAGAGGAGGAGAGCGAAGAGGAGGAGGAGGAGGAUGAGGAUGAUGAGGAGGAGGAGGAGGAGGAAGAAGAAGAAGAAGAAGGGGUGCCUCCGUUGCCCCAGAAGUCGUUGCCUCGCCCGCCGCACCAGCUGUCGUCCCAGUCCCCGCCCCUGUCUUCGUCGUGGGGCCCUGAUGACGAGGACAGCUGCGUGGAGGCAUCUAUUCACGUGCCAGAGCAGGGGGGCAUGACUGUGCACGAUCUAGUGGAGUACGUGAAGAGAAAGAAGAAGAAGGGGAUUUAUCAGGAGUACGAGGAGAUCCGGAAGGAGCCACCAGCCGGCACCUUUGACUACUCCAAGAAACUGUCCAAUCAGAUAAAGAACCGGUACAGCGAUGUCCUCUGCCUGGACCAGUCACGGGUGCGACUCUGCCAGCUCUGUGAUGAAGAGGACGAGACAUCAGAUUACAUCAACGCCAGUUUCAUGGACGGGUACAAGAGGAGCAACGCCUACAUUGCAACUCAGGGUCCUUUGCCAAAAACGUUUGGUGACUUCUGGCGCAUGGUGUGGGAACAGAUGGUACUCAUCAUUGUCAUGACCACCAGGGUGGUGGAGCGCGGCCGAGUCAAGUGUGGUCAGUACUGGCCUCUGGAGGAGGGCCGGACCGAGCAGCACGGAUACUUCCUGGUCAGGAACACGCACAUCCAGGCCUUCCAGGACUUCAAGCUCUCCCAUCUUGAACUUUACAACACACAGUCUGGAGAGAGACGGGAGGUGUGCCACUACCUCUACGUCAGCUGGCCAGACUUCGGCGUGCCCAAAUGUGCUUCUGCCAUGUUGGACUUCCGUGAGCACGUGCUUCAGAGGAGGGAGGCUGCAGUCCAGAGCUUGGGCUCCAGUUGGACGGGGCCUCCAGGGGGCCCCCCCGUGGUUGUGCACUGCAGUGCCGGCAUUGGCCGCACAGGCACAUUCUGCACCCUGGACAUCUGCCUGUCCCGGCUGGAGGACAUCGCCACGGUCGAUGUCCGUCAGACUGUGCAGCGCAUGCGCACGCAGCGGGCGUUCAGCAUCCAGACCUGGGACCAGUACUACUUCUGCUACACGGCGGUCAUCGAGUACGCCCAGCGCCACGGCAAACUGAGCCCAGUGCAGUGGUCCGACUCCGACCUAGAGACUGACAGCGAGUGAGGGACACGCGGAGGGAGAGAGAAGCGGAACGGGGUGGCCGACCUGAGCCGAAGUCAUCGGAAGGAAAAGAGUGAGGAAGGACGUUUCAGAUGACUCUUCUGCCAUAGGAGAGACAAAAGGAUGGAGAUGUUUGUUUUGGCUCUUGAAGUGAUGAUACAGACUCCCACGGUUGCUCCUCCUUCACGUGAACAGAUCGACGGAGGAGGUGAAGAGCCGGAGGGGGAAAUAAACCAGACCUACAGGGAGUGGAGACUGCGUGUUGCGUCAAUGUUUGCGCAAGCUGUCCUGCCAAUUUCCAAGCCCCUUUUAUUUAGCAAACUACAGGGGGGGACUUGGCCUGCCCUGAACCUAUCUUGUUGACAAGAGUUGUACGAGUUGUAGCAUUUUUAUAUUGACUUGCACAUGAGGAAUGACAAACUUGAACUUUACCCCUUGAAGCCCUCCAAACUCUUUUACUUUCAAUUUCUUGUUGCUUUUCGACCCUCAACACGUCUGUGAUCGCAGGUCAUGUGAUUGGUGUGAAAAGGUUAAAACUUGAAAACUUUUUAGAUUUUUCUUUUUUUUUUUCUUUUUUAGAGGAAAUGGUUGUUUGUGAGCAAAUGGUCAUACGUGACAGUAGAUCAGCAUGAGCCAUUUAGUCCAUUUCCGUUUUUUUUCUUUCCCUCGUCCUUUUUUUUUUUUUUUUUUUUUCUAUGGUGCAUUUUCUACGUGUGUUUCAUAUCUGUGCAUAUGUAGACUAACUUUUCAAAGCCAAAGUCCUCACCCUGAAUGCUUGGAUGUACUCCUUACUGAGAUAUUAUAGACUAAAGCUAAUGUAUAUUCUUGUAACAUACAUUAUUGUGCAUAAUAACAACCUCUGAGAGAAGAGCAAGAAGAAGAAUAAGAAGCCUUGUUUAAUAUAAUUGACUUAAUCGUGAGAAGAAAUAUCUAUGUAGUGAGCCAGGCUAAGACAAAAUACAAAAAGGAGUUCUGGUAUUAAAACUGAUAUCGUAUUGCAAAUCGGUGUGAUUUGUCAGGUCCAACAUCAUCUUUACUGUUGGAGCGUUCUGAUUGGACGAUCCCAAGUAAUUUGGCCUUAACUUGAUUCACUGCCUCGUCGUUCUCAGACCUAAACCAUACCUGAAACUGUAAACUGUUAUUUUCCCCUUCUUUUUCGAAUCGUACCCCCUUGAUACUACAACAUUACAUUACAGUCAUUUAGCAGAUGCUUUUAUCCAAUGCGACGUACAAUAAGUGUAUUCAACAUAGGUAUUCAAGAGAACUACUCAUCAUAAGGGCAUCUCCUCUUACAGCCGUUGUUUGAUUCUCGAGGCAUAUUCUGCCUCAAAUAAUUGUGCCUUCAAGUUCUCCUCAGCUUAACGUCUCGCUGGUAUAGUAAUAACACCCAAACGAGUGCACUUGAGUAGCACACGUUGACUGUGUGUCGCGCAGGACACCCACAUUUUGCCUAUAGUCCUGCACGUAGCGCGCUACUUCCUGGAAGUAGUGCGUUAUCUGGGACCGAGCUCUGGUUCCACACUUGGCUAUUCUUUUAUCAUUUGACCUCAGGGGGUAAUUCUAGUGUGUGUUUGUUUGUUUGCCUAGUGUCAAAGAUCCGUUUCUGGGUUUGCCUCUGGUAAAUUAUCAUUUAAGUAAAAAAAACUAUAUCGACUUUAUUUUCUAUUUUUUACUGUAUUGUAUCCUACUAUAUUUAUGUCUUUGUAAAGCUUCUACAAUAUCGAAAUCGGUGAAUGUUGGUACGACGCGACGGAGAAAAACACAGUCAUAGCAUUUGAUAAGCUGAACAAAUCAGAUGGGGGGGGGGGGG